AUGAGUGUCUCACCUCCUCCGACUCCUCCAUCGAGGGCUGUAAUAGAUGACCAGUGGAGAUUCCAAACUAUUACAUUACCCUGUGAGUGGGUGGAGGAUUACCGUCCUGGUGGUUACCAUCCUGUCAUCCUCGGUGAUGUCUUCAACAAUGAAUGGCCAGUACAAGAUCAUCCGGAAGCUCGAAAUGGUGGAUAUGUGGCCCUGAAGAUUCUUGUAUCAAAAAUCUCGGGAUCGACAACCGAGCUACGAAUUUUACGGCACUUCGCCGAAGCCGCACCAGCAGAAGCGGCCCGGCAUGUCACGCCGCUGCUAGGCGAGUUCGAGCACCACGGCCCCAAUGGUGUCCACAGGUGCCUGGUAUUUGAGCCCAUGGGCCCAAGUGUGAAUACUAUGGUUGAGGAGCUGCCGCAGUUUAAUCCUCGCCGGCAAGGAAUGAAAGUCCGCUAUCCUCUUUGGAUGGCAAAGAGCAUCCUCAAGCAAUCCCUGCAGGCUCUUGCAUUUCUCCACGAGAAUGGUAUAGCACAUGGAGAUUUCCAGCCGGGAAACAUACUCUUCACUCUAAGCGAUAUAGCCUCGACGCCCGAGGACGUACUUCAGCAGGAGGAAGAUGUACAAGCCCGGUCAAUCUCCGCACCGGUAGAGAGGUUAGAUGGUAAGCCAGAUAGAUGGGCUCCUCGAUAUCUUUGCGUUGCGCAGCCGUUGGUGCCCUUUACCUACUAUGCUGAGGGUUUCAAGAUCAAAUUAUCCGAUAUGGGCGGCGCAUAUUUCUUUACAAACCCGCCAACGAAGCCGGUUACUCGACUCGGUCUGCGAGCUCCCGAAUUGAUUCUUACCGGAGCCGUUGGCAACACUGCUGAUGUCUGGAGCUUCGGUUGUCUUGUCUUUGAGCUUAUCACUGGACAGCCGCUUUUCUGUAUACCAGGGUCCGAGGAUGAAGACGACGAUCAUAUUCUCUCCCUCAUCGAACGACUAGGUCCCCUCCCGGACGAGCUCUUUAGUAACUGGAAGAACUCGUCCCUCUACUUUACGCCGGAGAGGAAGCUCUUUAAUUGUGAGCUGGGAGGAGUCGCUCCGGGGGAGGAGCCGCUUAUGCUGGAGCAGACAUCCAUGGAGGAAUCAUUCGAUCUUGCAGAGCCUGAUCUUGAUGAGACGGAAGCUAGAAAAGUAAAGGCGCUCAUUCGAUGGAUCUUACAAUAUGAUCCCUCGAAAAGACCUUCGCCUGCGCAAAUCUUGUCCGAUCCAUGGUUCUGCGAGAUUAACGUAGGGUAGCU